UCACCCAGCCAGCAGACACUCCUGCUGCUUCUGUUUCCUUCCUCUCUCCUAUCAGCUUUAUUUUUCACCUUUUCCCUUUGUGCCUCGUGAUUCCUAAUACUCUCUCUCGUUCUCUUUUAUCUCGCUCUUUUUAAUCCACGAAUUUCUCCCACACUGUAGUCUCUCAAUCACUCUUUACUCUCUCUCUCUCUCUCGGAUGGCUUUUCGUCGGAAAACCGCUUUUGGGUUUGCCCAAAACCGCCAUUACCGACCACCAUUCGGCACCGACGUAUGAAAGUUAAACAGAAACAAGAGCUAAAUCCAUUUUUUUUAUUCUUUGCUGUUUGGCUAAAGAAUUACCCAAUGGCUUCUGUUUUUGAGUUUGGGUCUCUGGUAUUUUGGUUCAUGUCGCUUCUGCUCAUGUUCAGUGGAAGAGUCAACUCGGAGCCGACCCAGGACAAACAAGCCCUCCUUGCUUUCCUCAACCAGACCCCACACAAGAACCGCGUGCAAUGGAACUCGUCCGGGUCAGCGUGCGACUGGGUCGGAGUUGAGUGUGACGCGAACCAUUCCUAUGUGUACCGUCUCCGGCUUCCUGGUGUCGGUCUUGUGGGCCCGAUUCCGCCGAACACACUCGGUAGGCUGAGUGGGCUUCGAAUCCUGAGUCUUCGCUCAAACCGCCUCUCCGGUGAGAUCCCCUCCGAUUUCUCUAAUCUAACAUUCCUCCGCAGCCUUUACCUCCAAAACAACGAGCUCUCCGGCCAAUUCCCACCCAGCUUGACCCGCUUAUCUCGAUUGACUCGUCUCGAUCUCUCAUUCAACAACUUCACGGGUCCAAUCCCGUUCUCGAUCAACAAUCUCACCCACUUGACUGGUCUUCUUUUGGAAAACAACAGUUUCUCGAGUACAUUGCCGAGCAUUACAGCGAAUUUGGAUACAUUUAACGUCUCUAACAACCGCCUCAACGGUUCGAUCCCGGAAAAGUUAGAGAAAUUCCCUGAAUCAGCAUUCACCGGAAACUUGGAUCUCUGUGGGAGACCACUAGUACGACAGCCAUGCAACUCAUUCUUUCCAUCCCCAGCUCCGUCUCCAUCGGAAAACCCAAGCCAGAACCCGGUCCGUAAAAAGUCCAAAAAGCUCUCCACAGCCGCAAUAGUUUUAAUCGUACUUGGUUCGGUGGUGAUAGCCUUCCUUCUACUGAUAUUCCUCUUGUUCUGUCUCAAGAAACGAAAGCGUCGGCAGAUAGAUAAGUCGCCAAAGCCGCCAGUUACGACGCGUUCAGUGGUGACAGAGGCAGGGACAUCGUCGUCGAAGGACGACAUCACGGGUGGGUCUACCGAGGCUGAGAGGAACAAGUUGGUGUUCUUUGAAGGUGGGGUUUAUAGCUUUGACUUGGAGGACCUGCUGAGGGCGUCGGCCGAAGUUUUGGGGAAAGGAAGCGUGGGGACCUCGUACAAGGCGGUGUUGGAGGAAGGAACUACGGUGGUGGUGAAGAGGCUCAAAGAUGUGGCGGUCACGAAGAGAGAGUUCGAGAUGCAAAUGGAGGUGCUAGGGAAGAUCAAGCAUGAAAAUGUGCUUCCUCUCAGAGCGUUUUACUAUUCCAAGGACGAGAAAUUGCUUGUCUAUGAUUUCAUGACUGCCGGGAGUUUGUCUGCGCUUCUCCAUGGGAGUAGAGGGUCGGGCCGUACGCCACUGGACUGGGACAACAGAAUGAAAAUAGCAUUGAGCACCGCAAGAGGUCUUGCCCACCUACACGUGUCGGGAAAGGUUGUCCACGGCAACGUUAAGUCCUCCAACAUCCUCCUCCGACCGGACCAAGACGCGGCCGUCUCGGAUUAUGGACUCAACCCACUGUUCGGCACGUCGACCCCGCCCAACCGCGUCGCCGGUUAUCGUGCGCCAGAGGUGGUGGAAACCCGGAAGGUGACCUUCAAAUCCGACGUGUACAGUUUCGGGGUGCUACUGUUGGAGUUGUUGACGGGUAAAGCACCGAACCAGGCGUCGUUGGGGGAGGAGGGAAUCGAUCUUCCCCGGUGGGUGCAGUCGGUGGUCCGGGAAGAAUGGACGGCGGAGGUGUUCGACGUUGAACUAAUGAGGUACCACAACAUCGAAGAGGAGAUGGUGCAGUUGCUGCAAAUAGCAAUGGCGUGCGUUUCGACGGUACCGGAUCAGAGACCGGCGAUGCAAGAGGUGGUACGAAUGAUGGAGGAUAUGAAUCGGGGAGAGACGGAUGAUGGGCUACGACAGUCGUCGGAUGAUCCAUCAAAAGGAUCGGACGGUCAUACGCCACCACCGGAGUCAAGGACCCCACCAGGAGUGGUCACACCUUAGGAAUUCUUGGAAAGAGAGUAACGCAACAAGAGACAACGUGGGUGGGUCUCAUUAAAAGAAUGUGCACAGUGAUUGGGUGGUUCCAUAUGUGUUUUUAUUUUAUUUUUUGGAGUUUUUAUUUUUAUUUUUUAAAAAUAUUUUAAUUUGAAUGAUUUUUACAGGUGGAAGUUUGGAGAAGGGAUUCGUUCCAUGUACUCUGAUUUGAUGGAAUUAGUUGGGUUUUUCUUUUGUCAAUUUUAAUAUUUUAUUUUGUUGGUAUUCAA